GGAAAGCUCCUGAAGACCAGUUAAGCGAUGGUGGCAGUGGCUACUGGCGUUGAGAACAUAAGGAUCAACUUUUGUUUUCUGGCUCUUAUGCAGAGGACCCAAAAGUAGGUUUGGAAUUUGGACCAUCAUGCUCCGUCAGACAUGAUUUAGCCAGUCUAUAUAGGAACGCACCAUUCACCAACUCAAACGACUUUUAGCGGCAAACCAUGGGAAAGCGUGUUGCUGAAGGCAUCAAAAGAGUGAAGCAAAGCCAGCGAGAACUGGAGUCGUCUAUUCUUAGGCGAUGUGCCAGCGGGCGAGAUCGCCUAGACAAGAGGCUCGCCACCGGAGUCAAGAUCAUCAAGGUUGCUCCUGGUUCCACUGGAAGCAAGGACUUUCCUCGACUCUGGAAACGUGAUGAGGGUGACCGAACCAAGAUUCGAGGCUCUGCCGAAUGGUACAUCCCUCGAAGAGCAGAUCUCAGGAGACGGAUGCUUUUUCUCCAUGGAGGCAGCUAUGUGGUUUACGCUCCUUGUGAUUCUGUGUAUCGAUCGCUGGCCUCGCGAUUGGCAUCCCAAUGUGGCCUUUGUGUCCUGUCCAUCGACUACCGACUGGCUCCGGAGCAUCGCUUUCCAGCCGCUUUUGAGGACGCUUGUGUCUGCUUCUGUCGCAGAUGUGCAAGUUCCACACUUGAGACUUGUACAUCCGCAGUCCGCCACAAGUACACCUGCAGCUUGCAGGAUGCUUGCGCAGCGCUCAAGUGGCUGAGCGUGAAUGGUCCACCAGAAGUAAACGGGCAAGGCAAGGUCAAGGGCGCUCCUUUUUCUGCAAGCCCCGCGCGAGAUCUUUUUGUCUGCGGGGACAGUGCUGGAGGAGGGCUUGCGCUGGCGGCGAGUAUGGCGCAACGAGCUUUCGUUCGAGAACGCCUGCGGGGUGUUAUAGGGUUGUCUGCUUGGAAUGACCUGACCGCUUCAACACCGAGCUAUGAUACCCGACAGUGGUGUCCCGAGCAAUGCUGGGGUGACGCUGUCAACGCCGGGGUGGACAGGAAGAGUGGCCGAGAAGAGGCAGAGGCGUACUUGGGACGUCGGGGUGUUCAAUUGCACGGUCGAGACUGGCGUGCGAGCCCUUUCUUCGCACCAGCGGGUCGCUUGCGUGCCUUGCCAUCAGUUCUCCUACAGGUUGGCGACUUUGAACUGAUCCUUGAUGAGUCUGUCCUCCUGCACAAACGCCUGGAAAAACUUGGCCAUCCAGAUGCGCGAGUGGACGUUUAUCCCCGAAUGUGGCACUGCUGGCAUCAAUACGAAGAGGGCAGUGGUCUUGGCACUUUGUCCCAAGCCAAGAAAGCCCUCCGUGACGUGAAGAAAUGGGUUGAAGCACGCAUCACAUGAAAAACAUCGCCUUCGCAAGAUAUGCUUGGGAGUGCUCCGGGCCUAAGCUGCUCCAACAGCGACUGGUUGACAACCAAGAGCUUGCAGCGCUGCCCAAGACUCAUCCUGUGGUCAGAAUGGUCGACUGGUGGAAGACAAGAGAAAGGAGGAGAUUCUGAACAAUAUUGUGUUCUGCGAACACCUGCGGCCAAGCGUGCAACAUUGGGCUUGGUGAGAGAGCAUUGCCGGAAGUGGCAGUUAAAGAGUAAACUCAAAAGAGUAUUAACGAGGAGCUUGUACAUAGCCGCAUAGCCGUGUCGGUGGCAAACACAGCCUUAGCCUUUUUGUGCCAAGGUUGGCCCCGAGGGCGAUUUUGAGACUGGGAGCGGGAGCGUAGCCAAGCAGAA